AUGAAAGAUGACAAAGAGAGUUUUAUAGCAUUUACAGAAACUUCAGGAUUUGAUCUCUUUCAAAGAUUAAGUUUAGAAUUAUAUCCUAAUUACUUAAAUCUUAUUGAAUUAUGUUGUUAUCAUGGUGCAGUUAAUUGUUUUAAGUUUCUAAGAACAAAAUAUAAUUUUCCAAUCACUGAAAAAUGUCUUCAAUAUUCUUUCUUGAGUGGAAAUCCUGAAAUCAUGAGUGAAUGCAUGAAAGUAAUGAAACCUGAUGAUAGUUGUAUGCGAUAUGCAAUUAUUUCACACAAUAUAGACUUUAUUUGUUUCUUGAUGAAUGAACACAAUAUCAAAAUUUCCCUUGAGAGUUGUUGCGAAUUCAAAAAUCUCCAAGCUUUUUUAGUUUGUUUAGAUCAAUGUUUUAAUAUUGGUUGCUUAUUUCCUUAUUCAGCAAGCUUUAAUAUCCCAUCACUUUGCAGAUAUCUGCUUCCUUUUUGUGAGGAUAUAAACAAAAAAUGUUCGAAUGGUAAUACAGCCCUUCAUUAUGCUGUUGAAGGAAAUUCUAUCGAAAUAAUAAGACUUCUACUAUCUCAUAAAGCUAAACUCAAUGAAUUUACUGAAACUGGAAAAACAGAACUUCAUAUUGCUGCAGAAAAUAAUUGUAAAGAAGUGAUAGAACUCCUUCUUUCUCGAAACAAUAAGAAUUACCGAAAAAGUGACAAAACAUCAAAAACUGGGAGGGGGUCUCAAUUUUUAUUACUUAUAUUAUUUUACAAUAUUUAUAUAAAUACUCUUUAUAAUAUAUUUUACUAUAAAAUUAUACCUCAAAUUCAAAUAUUUAAAAUAUUAUUUACAUAA